ACUCUUUCCAGCAAUCUAUGAUGCGGCCUUCACACUCCUCAAUUCCCCGAAUAUAUCCCGCCCGACGAAUCCUACAUCCCCCUAAUACGCGCUGCUCCAAGCCGUCUAUACCCCGCCAAUUCUCCCACAAAUCCCCGCGCUUGCUGGGAGUCUUGCAUGCUGCUCCUCGUCCACAGCUCCCGUUUCUCUAUCCUACGUCGCGUGGUUUGAAUGGGCAGAUCUUUCGCUUCUUCACCAUUUCUUCAAAUCAUAAAAAAUUUAUCAAGGAGACUGCGCGCUUGACUGUGAAGUUUACCUUCGUGUUCUGGCUUAUAUCCACCUGCUUUACUAUCGCAUCGCUGGGCAUCUUGAGUGAGCGGCAAGAGCGCGCGUUUCCGAGCCCCCCUGAAUGGAGUCUUUGGACUAGGUUUCGGUUUCGGAGGGGCAAAUGGUGGGAGAUACCCGAGAACAAUGAGGACGAGGGGUUUCCAAAUUGGGCAAGGCUGUACGCAGAGUAUGAGCAUGCGCUGAAGAGAUUAGAGGAUCCGAGCAAGGAUGGAUCAGACGUCGUGGAACAACAAGAAGGGGGGUUGCUUGUGCCUGGCGUUGGGAAGGCGGGGUUUGAUCUCACAGCGAAGAGCGAGCAGUGGAGACAGGGAUACUAUGAGGUGUUAAUGGGUAUGGCGAGGGCGGCAGAGAGGAUGGAGGGGUGGGUUACUGAUAAGAAGAGGAACAACGCUUGGGCUCCUGAGUUCAUUGCCUCGCCCUCGAACCCGAGACCGAAAGCUACUCCACCGGGGAUGCCGGUACCACCAGAAGAAGACGAGCAGCUCACUAUCACCGAUCCCCCAGAGUCCUUCUAUCUCAAAGUCCUCACGUCGAAAGGCUUCACAUCCCACCAACGCCUAACAGCAGCACUCAGCUACGCAGACUGGCUCAGCUUCAAAAAACUCCCGGACUCCGCCGAAGAAAUGUACCGCUGGGCGCUUGACAUCGCCAUCUCUGGUCUCCCCACCCCGGACCCUUCCACCAUCAUCAACCCCACAACUGCCAUCCUCUCCUCCACCGCACCCAAAGAGCUCAUAACCCCAAACCUCAUCCACGCCGCCACAACCCUCGCAACCCACUACGCCUCAACUGGAAACAUUGCCUCCGCACUCCCAAUCUACGUCUCCGUCCUCCGUGCCCGACUACACGCUUCACCUGCCCCACCUUCCCCCCCCCCUCCCCCAAAGGACUCCAGUCUAACCGGCACCCUUGUCGGCCUGUUUCACGCACCACCCUACCCCUCUCUCCCCUCCACAGGCGACGAACCGCUUCUCCGCCGCCCAGAAGACGAAUGCGAAGAAGCCGCGCUCAAAAACUACAUUGGCGAGAUCCUCUUCGCCACCGCCGGCACAUCCUCCCAACGUCGCCAAGGCCUAAACUGGGUCCGCGAAGGCGUGUCGACCGCCAAAUCAGCCCAGACCCUCGAUUCCAUAACGGCAGACCCUGAGCGUCGGAAAAAGUGCCAGUUGUGUGAGGAAGUCGGGCUGGAGUCUUGGGGGAAAAUUAUGACGUAUUUGGCGGCUGAGGCACGGGAGAAGCGGGAUCAGGCUACGGCUGGUGGGAUUAAGGGAUUGGGGUCGAGGUUGUGGGGGAGGGGGAAGCUGGAUGAGGAGGUUGAAGAGUUGGAGGGUGAGGAGGAAGGUGUGGUAAUGAGGCUGGCGAAGCUAAGGCAGAGGAUGAGGAAGGAGGAAUAUGAGGAUAUGGAUCGGAAGUAUGCUAGGACUUUUGUGUUUUAGUUGGUAAUAUGUGUAUGAUAAGGGAAUGAAACUGAGCGUCUUG